CAGCUGCUGUGAGACGGUGAAAAUCUCUACCCUCAGGAAAUUCCGCAUUCACCACCGACCAAACACCUCCUCACUGGCUCGACUGACUCCUGACAAAAAAAAAAAAAAAGAAAAGAAAAGAAAAAAAAACCUCCUCUCAGGUAGCGUGAAGUAAAUCUUUAAAGUGGGUUUUAAUGGUUUGUUUUGCAGCGGCCAUGGAAGAACUGACAGAGGAGAAGAACUUUUCAGAAAUGAUCGCUCAGAUAUUACAAGCGGCGCCAGAUGCCAGAAAACAUCUCGUUGAUAACCAGAACAACCUCCUCCAAGUCGCAGAUUACUGCGAAAACAGUUAUCUCCAGUCAGAGGACCCAAGCAAGGCUUUAGAAGAGGCCAAGGCUUUGGCGACCCAGGCACUGGCCAGUGUGACCUAUCAGAUCAACAGUCUGGCCACCACUGUGCUGAGACUGCUGGACUCAGAGGCCAUGCGGAUUAAAGCUAUGGAGUCCUCUGUCAACCUGCUGUCACUGGCUGCAUCUGUCCACUUCGAGAAGGUAGCAAGGAGAGAGAUUGGUGUUUUUACUGCUCCCAAAAACAGGAGUCGCUCCAAGCUUAUGGCCCCGCCGCCUUCAGGCAAGGAGCCAGAGGGAAGCUACACAAGAGUGCCAAUAUCAUACUCCAUCUUGGACUCCAUAGGACACUGUUUUCAGGCCACUGAGGAGCCCAGAAUGAGAGCAGACAGCAUAUCAAGCACUGCAGGCACCUCAGCAUCCAAUCUUGGCAUCGCUGUGCCGCUGCCAUCAGUCCCCGUCUUGCGGACUGCCACCAACCCCACAAACGACAGCCUGCCUCCCCCUCCUCCUCCUGCUGCUGACCUGGACCCCAGUAUGCCUGCUCCUCCACCCCCACCGCCUCCCCCUUCCGCCAUGGACUCUGGCCUCCCCCCUCCGCCAUCCUUGACCUCACCCACAUGUCUCCCCCCACCCCCCCCUCCGCCGACUGUCAGUCUGUCAAACUGCAUCUACCCACCUCCGCCUCCUCCUGUAGCAGGAGCUGCCCCUCCUCCACCCCCACCUCCACCACUAUCAGGAGCUGGUCCUCUUCCCCCUCCUCCUCCUCCACCUCCACCA